GUGUUGGUUAAGCUAAUGUGGUAACCGGACCAAACGGUCGGCCACGGUUGGGUUGUAUCAGUGGUCCAAUGGUACUAGUACUAUGCUGUGCAAAACGAAGUGAAAAUCCCUGCCAGAAGAAAGAAGAGCGGAGUGAUCCAAAGUUUGUUUGUUUCCAAAGUCAGCGAUCGAUUGUGAAAGAAAAGUACAUUGUAGGUGGGGGAAAUGGCCUACACGAACAACGUUGGCGAUAUUGUACAUCUGAACGUUGGUGGCACAAGAUUUUCGACUUCAAGACAAACCCUAACAUGGGUUCCAGAUACCUUCUUUACCUCCCUUCUAAACGGGCGCAUAUCAAGUUUACGAGAUGAGACGGAUGCUAUCUUUAUUGACCGUGAUCCGAAACUCUUUAGUUUAGUACUAAACUACCUGCGGACAAAGGAGAUAGACAUCAAAUCGGUCGAUAUCCGUGUGCUCCGUCAUGAGGCUGAGUUUUAUAAUAUUGCUCCAUUAAUCAAAAGGCUUAUGCUAUGUGAAGAGAUGGACCAGUCCAGCUGCGGCGAUGUUCUCUUUUACGGUUAUCUUCCCGCUCCAAAUAUUCCCAUCCAAGAAAUGCCCAUCGGGUCGUCAGGAUCAUCGGGCAGUUCCAUAAGUGCUGGUACUGGGACCAUAAGCUCAUUCACUUCCGCUAGCUCGUCAACACAGCAUAAAUCGGACUCUGUUCCGGGUCCAUCGAACAUUCAACAAAGACAGCAACAGCCGUCACAUUCGACUAAUGCAAACCCAAUAGCACCGCAACAUAAUUCCACAGUGUCUGCUAUUGCUCCUGUCGGAAUAUGUCAAACUAAUCCUCGCCCCGGAUCAAUGGUACGCGUUCCGGAGCUUUCUCAGGGCGCACCAGGUUCAUCUAGUGGAGGUAGCGGUGCCGGUAACGGCAAUGGUAAUGGCGGCAGUGUGGGUAUAACCGGGACGGUCACAGCGGGUGGAACAGGUAGUGGUGCAAGCAGCACGUCCAGGCAUGCGGGUCAUUCCCGUAACUCAUCAUGGGAUUUGCGCGUUUCCUAUAGUGGCAAUGGCAAUCGUGGCAAUUCUCAGUGGAUGCCAGGCCAUUCGCGAACGGCAUCUCUCGAUAUGAUGCGUCACUCCCGUAACUCAUCUGUCGAUCUAAACAAAUACAUACGAAACGAGGUGGGUCUGCUGUUUGGCCCCGGAACAACCGGUACCGGUUGGGCCGAUCCAAUGAGGGUACAAAUAAUCAAGGCGCAUCAUAACUGGAUCUCCGUCGCAUAUGCACACUUUGUCACAUGCUAUCGACUGAAAGAUUACUCCGGAUGGCAGCAGAUUUUCAUUUCGCCGUACAUCGAAACCACGAUCGAACGGAUCGCAAUCAAUGCGAAGAUGAAUUUGGCCACGUCCGCGGGCGAACAGUCGCACAGCAAGAUGGUAGCAAUCUCGUACGGCAGUCAGAUUCGACUGUGGGGAAUCUCGGAGGAUGGUAGCAAGGUCGAGGUCGGUACAUUUAAUUUGCAUGUACGCGUCGAGUAUCUUUUCUUCAUCGGUAGCCAGCUGGUGGCCCUUUCGUCGUCGGGAAAGAUUGGCGUAUGGCACGCGAUGACGCAACACUGGCAGAUACAGGAUCUCGUACCAAUACUUUCCUUCGAUACCGCCGGUUCAUUCCUCCUGUUGGGAUGCAACAACGGGUCCAUCUACUACAUUGAUAUGCAAAAAUUUCCACUACGCAUGAAGGACAACGAUUUGCUAGUGACGGAACUGUACAAGGAUCCAUCCAACGAUCACAUUACCGCUAUAUCAGUGUACUUAACACCAAAAACGACAAGCCUGUCGGGAAACUGGAUUGAAAUUGCGUACGGUACACGAUCCGGAUCGGUGCGGGUUAUUGUGCAGCAUCCGGAAACGGUCGGUCAUGGGCCGCAACUGUUUCAAACAUUUACUGUGCACCAGAGCCCGGUAACGAAGGUGACCCUGUCGGAAAAGUUUUUAAUUUCCGUGUGCAGCGAGUACAACCACGUACGAACCUGGCAGGUACCACGGUUUCGAGGCAUGAUUUCCACCCAACCCGGUUCUACACCCGAAGCAUCUUUUAAGAUCGUUUCACUGGAAGCCGUUGAUUCGACGUUUAGCUAUUCGGCUGGCAACGAUUUCGGCCCAUUCGGCGAGCAAGACGAUGAGCAGAUAUUUGUGCAAAAGGUCGUUCCCGAUACGGACCAGCUAUACGUCCGACUUGCCUCAAAUGGCGAGCGCAUCUGUCUGAUACGAUCAGUCGACGGUACCACGAUUACGUCGUUCUGCGUGCAUGAAUGUGAAGGAUCACGGAUGGGGUCGAGACCGCGUCGAUUCAUCCUGUCCGGGCACUGCAACGGCGCAAUACAGAUGUGGGAUCUCACGACCGCGCUAGAAAUAUCGAAAAAAAAGGAUCUACCGAAGCGUUGUAUCGGGGGUCCAACGGCCGACGAGCUGAUCCGGGAGCUAGAUCAGUGUGAUCUGAGUAACAGCCAUUGCUCGACUCCUUGCAUGUCACCGUGCCCUUCAGCAUUCUCGAGCACCAUUGAACCUAAUGCAGUGGGACGAUUGAAACCUUUCAAUGUGGCGUUUUUGAAUCAAUCAGCUGCAGCUACGGUCGGGCUUGGUGGUCCACAACAAGCACCGUUGCAAGGUCCGUCAGCGCUGGGGGCGGCUGCAGUGGCCGCUCCUUUACUGCCGGUAAUACCGGCACCACAACCUAAUCAACCAAACUGAUCUCUAUUCCACCGGCAAAGGGACAUUUGAGAGUGGUUCCUGUGUUGUCAGCUCGAGGUGGAAUUUUAACUGAUAAUAUUUAAUUGUUUUUCCGCGAUGGUGCGGAUAAAACUGCAAGAAAACACAGAAACAAACACUUAUACACAUUCGACACAAUGUUGGUCUCGAAUUUUCAAUCCUACAAAUGUUAAUGAUAUUCAAGCACUUAUAGCCAAUAUUUUCUCUCCAUGCUCAGAUCUACGUAUUUUUUCUGUCUAGUAUAGUUCUGCAUCACGGACUAAAUUGAAGAAAAGGUUUGUUUAGCAACAUUGACUUAAUUAUUGUGCUUUUUGAUGUGAUGUUUACGUAUCGGCUGUACAGAGCUUGAUCAGUUUCAAUGCUGUUAAAACGCAACGGACAUAUAUUUUUGUACAAUAAAUUUUAUUGCAAUAUCUUAC